AUGGCCCGACCCAUUCCAGACCUCGAUCUGAGGGAGAUAUCUAAACUACAUGAAGGAGACAUUAAACCAUCAGGCAGCAAAUCUUACAUAGACGCAGCUAUCGACAGCAUAUCAUCUAGCGGUUCUAGUAGGAGUCUUUUAUUUGGUACACUGUCUGGUUGGUUGGCUGGAGUGACGAUAAUAAGGGUAGGUAAAAUAGCUGCCUUCGGUUUAGGCGGGAGUAUAAUACUCUUACACUUUGCGAGUGAGUACGAGUAUAUUAAUGUGAACUGGGAACGUAUUCGGGAGUCGGUUCGCCACAGUCAGGCCUUGAUGGAGAAUGCCGUCAGGUUCGUGAAGAAGAACAGCUGCUAUACAGUCGGUUUCGUCGGCGGAUUCUUCUUUGGAAUAGCAUCUACAUGA